CUCCGCGCCGACAGGCCCCGCCCACUCCAGCACUCGUGUGACUGAAGGUGCGGCUCCAGCUGCUCGCUCUGUUUACGGUCCGCCUGUCCCGUAUGUGCGUGAUUCACCUGCUGUGCUCAGACGCUCCUGGAGAUCCGCUGGAGUUUAACACGGGCCGGGCUGGAAGUGUUUUAUUCCCGUCUGGAUGCGUCAGUGUGUCUGUUCUGGACAUUUAAUCUGUAGCAGUUCCGCAUGAUCACUGCUGGAAUGACACGCACAGCUCCUUAACGAGCAGACACACUCUCCAUGAACAGGAACUGGUGAGACAGGUGCAGAAGAUCUUCAUGAUGGAUGAAAGUGCUGUGAAUGAGUCUAAUGUGAAAGUGGCGGUCCGGGUGCGACCCAUGAACAGGAGAGAACGAGACUUAAAGACAAAAUGUGUUGUGGACAUGGAAGGAAAUCAGACCGUCCUGUACCCGGCCAAUGGAAACCUGGGAAAGGGCGACAGCAGGAGCAAACCAAAGGUUUUCGCGUAUGAUUAUUGCUUCUGGUCUAUGGAUGAGGCUGAGACGGCCAAAUUUGCAGGUCAGGAUGUGGUGUUUCAGUGUCUUGGAGAGAGUCUUUUGGACAGCGCUUUCCAAGGAUACAAUGCCUGUAUAUUUGCAUAUGGGCAAACAGGCUCAGGAAAGUCAUAUACGAUGAUGGGAACGGCGGAGCAGCCGGGUCUGAUCCCACGCCUGUGCAGUUCUCUGUUCCAGCGCACCGUACAGGAGCAGAGGGAGGGCGAGAGCUUCACCGUGGAGGUGUCCUACAUGGAGAUCUACAACGAGAAGGUGCGAGACCUUCUAGAUCCCAAAGGGAGCCGGCAGGCGUUGAGGGUCCGGGAGCAUAACGUGUUGGGGCCGUAUGUAGACGGUCUGUCCCGCCUCGCUGUGACCAGCUACAAGGACAUCGAGUCUCUGAUGUCGGAGGGGAAUAAAUCCCGCACUGUGGCGGCCACGAACAUGAACGAGGAGAGCAGCCGCUCGCACGCCGUCUUCAACAUCAUUCUGACGCACACGCUCCGAGACCUGAAGACUGGGACGAGUGGAGAGAAGGUGAGUAAACUCAGUCUGGUGGAUCUGGCCGGCAGUGAGAGAGCAGAUAAAACUGGAGCUGGAGGAGAAAGACUCAAAGAAGGCAGCAACAUUAACAGGUCAAACACACACAGACACACACACAUUUGUUUAUACCAUGAGCGACAGAAGCAGCUGGAGAGUUUGGGAAUUUCUCUGCAGUCGUCUGGGAUCAGAGUCAUUGAUGAUAAAUGCUUCCUGGUCAACCUGAACGCAGACCCCGCUCUCAACGAGCUGCUCGUCUAUUACUUAAAGGAACACAUAACUCGUGUGGGUUCUGCAGACUCUCAGGACAUUCAGUUGUGUGGUUUGGCAAUUCAGUCAGAGCAUUGUGUUAUAGACAUCAAACUAGAGACGGGAAUCACGCUCACCCCGAAGAGAAACGCUCGCACAUGUGUGAACGGCACUGUGGUCUCGUCUCCCGUCCAGCUGCAUCAUGGGGAUCGAAUCCUCUGGGGAAACAACCACUUCUUCAGGAUCAGUGUGUCGAACGUGUAUCGUGUUGGUGUUGAGGAUGAGGAGGGGUGUACGAGGAAGGCCGGUCUUCCUGAGCAUCUGGAUGUGGAUGUAGACAGUCUCAGUCACGCCUCCAGUGACAACAGCUUCAGUUUUGAGUCCGCACAGACGGAAGUCAUGAUGAAAGCGCUGGGAAACAACGAGCCGCUGCAGUCGGUGCUUCACUCUCUGGAGCGCAGGCAUGAGGAGGAGAAGCGCUCGGCUCUGGAGCGACAGCGGCUGAUGUACGAGCAGGAGCUGCAGCAGCUGCGCAGAAGUCUGUCGACAGAGCUGCAGAUGCAGGGCUCUCACCUGCAGCAGCAGCGCCUGGUCUCCUCUCAGAGCCCACUACGCCAGUGGAGUGGCGAGAGGGAAGUUUUGAUGAAUCGAAGUCUGCGUAAGCUCAAAGAUCAGAUUGUGAAGGCCAAUCUGCUGGUUCAGGAGGCUGGAUUCAUCGCUGAAGAGCUCAACAAGAAAACCGAAUAUAAAGUCACACUGCAGAUCCCGGCUGCUAACCUCAACGCCAACCGCAAGCGGGACACGGUUCUGAGCGAGCCGGCGGUGGAGGUGAGGAGGAAGGGCAAAGGAAAGCAGAUCUGGUCCGUGGAGAAGAUGGAGAACCGGCUGCUGGACAUGAGAGAGCUCUACCAGGAGUGGAAAGACUAUGACGAGGACGAUCCUCCGCUGCAGUCGGUGCUUCACUCUCUGGAGCGCAGGCAUGAGGAGGAGAAGCGCUCGGCUCUGGAGCGACAGCGGCUGAUGUACGAGCAGGAGCUGCAGCAGCUGCGCAGAAGUCUGUCGACAGAGCUGCAGAUGCAGGGCUCUCACCUGCAGCAGCAGCGCCUGGUCUCCUCUCAGAGCCCACUACGCCAGUGGAGUGGCGAGAGGGAAGUUUUGAUGAAUCGAAGUCUGCGUAAGCUCAAAGAUCAGAUUGUGAAGGCCAAUCUGCUGGUUCAGGAGGCUGGAUUCAUCGCUGAAGAGCUCAACAAGAAAACCGAAUAUAAAGUCACACUGCAGAUCCCGGCUGCUAACCUCAACGCCAACCGCAAGCGGGACACGGUUCUGAGCGAGCCGGCGGUGGAGGUGAGGAGGAAGAGCAAAGGCAAGCAGAUCUGGUCCGUGGAGAAGAUGGAGAACCGGCUGCUGGACAUGAGAGAGCUCUACCAGGAGUGGAAAGACUAUGACGAGGACGAUCCUAAAGGAAAGUGGAGUGAAGUGACCCGCAGGCUGGAGCUCUGGGUUCAGAUCCUGGAGCUGAAUGAUGCUGGAGAGUUUGUGCCGGUGGAGGUUCAGCCAGCUAAGGACGUCUGCACAGGAGGAAUAUUUCAGCUUAAACAGGGUCAGUCCAGGCGUGUUCAGGUGGAGGUGCGUUCGGUCCAGGACUCCGGCACCAUGCCUCUGAUCACCGAGUCUGCACUCAACAUCUCCAUCGGCAAUGUGGAAGUCCAUCAAACUCGAUCUGGCAAAAGCACAGAGACCCAGAGGAAAGGAAAGUGGAGUGAAGUGACCCGCAGGCUGGAGCUCUGGGUUCAGAUCCUGGAGCUGAAUGAUGCUGGAGAGUUUGUGCCGGUGGAGGUUCAGCCAGCUAAGGACGUCUGCACAGGAGGAAUAUUUCAGCUUAAACAGGGUCAGUCCAGGCGUGUUCAGGUGGAGGUGCGUUCGGUCCAGGACUCCGGCACCAUGCCUCUAAUCACCGAGUCUGCACUCAACAUCUCCAUUGGCAAUGUGGAAGUCCAUCAAACUCGAUCUGGCAAAAGCACAGAGACCCAGAGGGUGGGAGAUAAAGAUGUGGACAGUUAUCAGGAGGUUGAUCUGGAGAGACUGAGGGCCCGGUGGCUCACGGCUCUGACUGAACGACAGGAAUAUCUGGACCAACGUCUCCAAAAACUCGUCAGCAAGCAAGAUAAGUCAGAAGAGGAUGUGGAGAGCGAGUCGCAGCUGCUGGAGUGUCGUCUGACGCUGACAGAGGAGAGAAACGCUGUGCUGGUGCCCUCUGCUGGCAGCGGUAUCCCAGGAGCCCCGGCGGAGUGGGUUCCUGUGCCAGGAAUGGAGACCCACAUCCCAGUCAUCUUCCUGGACCUCAGCGCUGAUGAUUUCCAUGAUCAUCUGUCCGCUCCUCUAGCUGGAGGUCUGGAUGCUGCGCUCGACAGAGAAGAUAAAGAUGAUUUCAUGGACUUACAGAUAGUCAAACACUAUGAGAAUGAGGUGAAGGCAGAGGCAUCAUGGGACUGCACCGUUCAUGACAGCCCUGAGCUGAAUCGAGCGACGGGGCCGGAUCAGAGGAUUUACCUCAGUGUCCGCACCAUCGUUCUGCUCAGUCAUCCCGCACAAAUGCAGCUGGUGCUACGCAAGCGCAUCUGCGUGAACCUCACCGGACGACAGGGUUUUGCUCAAAGUCUGCUGAGGAGAAUGUCUCACCGCAGCUCAGUUCACAGCUGUGGAGUCGCAUUUGAGAUAGUCUCAAAUAUCCCAGGGGACAUUCAGAGAUUUGAGGACAGAGAGAUGCUCGCCCGACUGGCUGCCAGCACCGACAACCCAGGAGCGGAAAGUGAAGCAGCCAUCGAGAAAUACCUGCGGAGUGUGUUAGCGGUGGACAACAUCCUCACGCUGGACCGUCUCAGACAGGAGGUUUCUGUGAGGGAACAUCUGACAGAUAAAGGAAAGAUUCCCAAACGCUGCCUCAGUUCACCCAAUGUACACCGGCUCUCUGGCAGUAGGAAAGAUCUGUCCAGCAGCCAAGACUCAGAAGACAAUAAAAGUGGUUGGGACAGUCGGCAGGAGAUUUCUAUGCUAACAUCAGCCACAAAGAGUCCAUCUCACUCAGCGUCAGUACAAAAUCAAAACUCGGAGCCAGGUAACUGUCCUCAUCCUCUCCUGCUGUCCACGUUUCCCUUCACAGGUCUCUCAGGAUUUGCUGCAUCUUAUUUCUCCCCAGUGAAAGCUCUAGUGUCUCCAGUACCCAAGAUGUUCAAGACUCUGUUAUCCAAGAAAGAGACGCCUCCUCCUGCUGUCUUUGAGCAGAAUGUGCCACGUAUUAUUGUGCAGUCUGCCAGUCUUGAAGACAUCAACAGCUAUGAACUGACUCCACUGGGUCCAUCAAAAGAAACUGCUCAAGACAGCCAAUCAGAAUCUGCUUCCUUUGUGCCCAUAUUUCCGGUUAUUCCUGAUAAAGUGGAGACCACCGAAGCAUCCACCAUAUCCUCAGAAACCACGUCUGACAUCCAGAUAAGCCAUGCUAUGGAAACUCCAAUUUCAGAGAAUGUUGAGGAGAUUCUAUGUCCUCAAGAAGUUGAAGUUCCACCUCCAUCUGUUCCUCCAGUAGUUGAGGAAAUUCCAGCUCCUAAUCUUUCUUUCAAGUUUGAGGAGGUUCUACUUACAUCUGUUCCUCCAGUGGUUGAGGAAGUUGUAUCUCCUAAUUCUCCUUCAGAGGCUGAGGAGGUUCUACCUUCAUCUGUUUCUCCAGAGGCUGAGGAAGUUCUGUUUCCAUCUGUUUCUGCAGAGGUCAGAGAGUUUCCGCCUCUUUCGGUUUCUCCAGAACUCAAAGAGUCUCUACCUCCUACUGUUCCAUCAGAGAUUAAGGAGGUUUCACCUCCUGCUCCUAUAGAGGUUGAAGACCCCAAGCAAAGUCCAAUUGGUGAUUCAACACACAGCUCCAUCAGCGACGUCUCAAGUGGAUACAUCUCCACAAGUGUCUCCAUAAUGACUCUCUCUGAGUGUGCGGUCUCGAAUGUUGAUCGUCCUCUCCUCGACAGCACAGAGGCCAAAAUAGACUCUACUUCCAAAAAGACUGAACCAAAAACAGAGUUUGUGCCAAUAAGCAACAUGUCCCGGGAGCAUCAGUCAAAACUUGAACCAGCUGACCUAGAACUUGGAGAACAGACACCUACAGAAUCCCAGACAUCAGAAGAACAUGGUCAAGUGUCUCCUCUAGAUGCCUCUCCUCAAAAAAUCCUCAGUGUUUCUGAUUCCUUACCUCAAGAAACCUCUGAAGCCAGCGUCUCUUCAUCUUGUUCAGCCGCAUCAGUACCAUCUAUGCCAUUAGCACCACCAGUUGCCUCAAAAGCAUCUGAUCCAUCAGUACCGGUGAAGACCGCUAAGCCAUCAGCGCCUGCCCAGCAAUCAAGACCUGAACAAAACGUCAAACCCACUCCUCCCACCUCCAACCCUUUCCAAAUCCACAGAGUCAAGACCUCCGGCCUAAAGUCUUUCAAAGGGAUCCUGCCUGAAGAAGAGGAAGAGGGUAAAACUAAACACAAUAACUUUUCAUCUGCACUGAGCGAGUCUCAAGAAAGACUGGAGAUCCUUUCUGAUUCAGAGGAAAGCCUUGAGACUCCCGACUGGCUGAAGGAGGGGGAAUACGUCACUGUGGGCACCAAUAAAACUGGAACAGUCCGUUACGUUGGACCAACUGACUUUGCAAAGGGCGUUUGGGUUGGAGUGGAACUUGAUGUUCCAGCAGGUAAAAAUGAUGGUUCGGUCGGCGGUCGCCAUUACUUCCACUGCAACCCUGGUUACGGUGUUCUUGUGAGACCAAAUCGAGUUGUAAAAGCGACGGGUACCGCUAAACGAUCGAGGCAGAAACGCAAUCAGAACCUCUCGGGAUCUAGUCCCAACCUGGCAGCCCUUACAGCGAUGGCCAAAGGAGAAGCUGGAGCACGCAAGGGUGAAAACAGGAAGUCUUGGGUUAGCUGAGGAAAAUGCAUCAUUGUUGAUGGACGUGUACGGAGGACAUUAUUGGUAUGGCACUGAAACACUACACUGAUACUUGCAGGGAUGUAACUGCCACCUGAUUUACGCAUAUCUACACUACAUAGUGCCUAGUGUUCGAAAAGCCCAUGUUAGAGGUGUAUUUUCAGCCUCGGUAAGCAGUAUUUUUGGUAUUAUUCUUUUUUUAAAAAAUGUUUUUAAUAUCAUAAAGUGCCCCGCUUAUCUGAACCCAAUGUCAGGGAGUAUGUCCAUUUGGUUGUUCCCUAGAAAAAUCAGGACACUGAUGGAUUCAUUUCAUGAUUUUAUAUACAGUAGGAAGGCGAGGUGGGAUUUACAGUUUUAUUCAUAAAUAAUGUUUUUAGUGUUAUUAUGGUGCGUUGGUUCUGUAUUUUCUCUUGGUUUGGUACCUUUGAAUGAUUGUUUUUCCUUCUUCUUAAACAGAGUAAUUUAUGAUCAAAUUAUUUAUUUUGCAGAUCAAAGUAAUGACAAAAAAUUAUGUUGAAGAUUUUAUAUUGCAAUGGUGAGAGUAAUAAACUUUAUUAUUUUAUUAUCUUGCCUUUAAACGUCUGCAUGAAAUCGUAGAAGAUCGUAUAUUCUAUCUUCAAACUCUUUAAAACGCAGUCAUGUAAGAAUAAAAUCACACGGCUGAUCAUCAAUAUACCUUUAUUUUCCAGAAGAUAAAGUACUAAAAUAAACACAAGUUUUAAAAAAAGUCAUUUUAAACAAAGAAACUGUACAAAAAGUUCAUGUAUACUAUAGUAUACUUACAGAACAGUCUACUGUCCAAAAAAGGCACUAAAUUCUUAAAUGGGAGAUACAGAUGAUUCACAACAGAAUGCUUUGAAAUCAUAGACUUAUUUGAUUCAAACAAUCUUUAAAUUCAUAGUUACUGUCUUCUGUUUAUUUAUACAGUUGCUUUUAUAGGCCUAUACAUUUUUUUUGUUUAUAGACAUGAAAACUAAAUGGAAAGCACCCCAUUUAAACCAGCGGGGUUAGCGUUCGUUGCUCUGGAUUAAAACACUUGAGGCAACAGAACGAGUCAUUCGUAGUAUCUGUAUGUCACUGUGAGAUCAUGUAAAUGUCAAUACUUGACGUCAUACUGCAGUUUGGCACAUUCCGUCAUGUGUACAAAGAGGCUCUAGUGACACAGACGUGGACAAGUCGUUUCCUUAGUUUGAAAUACAACUGUAAAAGCACAUUUGAACAUCACAGCAUUAGAAAACGACCUGUAACAAACUUAUAUUACAAAAAAUGUGACAAAUAAAGUAGUGUUUCUUGAGUGAAGGGGGUGCAUGAUCUGAAUCAGACACGCUUCAGGAGACUGCUCUGAACAUAAAAACGGUGUAAAACAAUCAAAUAAAAAAAAGAAUCUUAAAUUAUUAAGCAAAAAUUGUCAUUUUAUAAAUAUCAAUUGUACACAGGAAGAAUCGAGGAAGGAUACAUAAAAAAAAAAACUAGGCUUCAUUAAUGACACGGACAGAAGCAGUUUCUGUUAGCUGUUUGUAAAACCAUUCUUAUGUCAUUUGUUGCUUUAUGCAAGUGUUGCAUUGAGUUUGUGAUCAUUUAUGUAAGAACGGCUCUACGAAUGAGUCGUUCUGCUCGUUUCAAUGAAUGAAGCCCAGCGAGUGAAUAGUUAUUUUAGAACCUUUUUGAAUAAAAUAAGCUACAUUUUGGAACCAAGCUUAUGUUAGAUGAGAGUUAGACUCUCAGAGCUGUGUGGCAGCAGAACAAACAUUUAUCAGUCAGUCUCUCGUGAACGAUUAACACUGUGAAAUUCUGAUGUCAUUUCACAAUAAUAAUAAAAGUUUUUGGGAGCUCGCACAUGUUAUAAUUCUGACUGCUGUCAACUUGAGCCAGUAUUUCACAUUGAUGUAUUUCGUUCUGAACAUCAUGAGAGCAGAUGCUUCGGUCUUUGCAUGUAAAUAAAAACGUAAAAGCUAAAUAAAUACAAACAUAAUAGCGCUUUAAUGCAUAUUCACUUUGGGUAAUGCUGGACACUUUUAACGGUUUAAAAUGAAGAAAGCUAGCGGUCUGCCCACUUAAGUCUCUCUUUGAAGGUUCAUUUAGAGUCCAGGAGACUUGCGCUUUGGCGGUUAUGUAACCACAUCUUUCAAGUUUCACUACAAUUAUAUUUCACCCCUCCCCCCCGCCCCAUUUGAACAAAAUUCAAAUCAAAGUACAGUGUAAUGCAAUUGGAUGAAUCU